AUGGUGGUUUUUGGUAAGGCAUGCCAUCUUCCGGUGGAGAUUGAGUACUGCACUUAUUGGGCGGUGAAGGGUUGUAACAUGGCAUUUGAUGAAGCGGGUAUGGAAAGGAAGCUUCAAUUGCAAGAACUUGAAGAGAUUCGCUUAGAAGCCUAUGAGAAAUCCAAGAUCUACAAAGAGAAAGUGAAGAGGAUUCAUGACUCUAGGAUUCUUAGGAAGGAGUUCCAUAUUGGCCAAAAAGUGCUCUUGUUUAACUCUCGCCUAAAGCUUAUUUUCGGUAAAAUUUGGUCUAGAUGGGAUGGUCCUUUUGUUAUUACUAAUGUUUUUUCCCAUGGUGCAGUUGAGAUUAAAAAUGAAGUUAUCGGCAAAGUCUUCAAAGUGAACGGUCAUCAACUCAAGCUUUUUCAUGAGAGCCCCCAAGUGGAGGAAGAAUUUGUGACAAACCUCUCUUUGGUCUUGCCAAUUUUAUAUGAUGAUGUGUUUGGAAUGACACUUGAGGAGUUUCCUUCCCUUUUCUUUUAUACGUUGUCUCUUUGA